AUGAGCUCCAACGCCGAUCGGCCCGCGUCGCAGGCUCAACACCCGGCAACUCCAGGCGAUUUUCCAAGUGAUGACGAUAAUCGCGAACCCUCCCCGGAUGCCCCCCUCGACCCGUCGUCGCUCCCCCGAGCCAUUAAAGCGAGGAAAUCGGAAUAUACUCGUCAGCGCUCGAUUCGUAUUAAAGUCGGAACGUGGAAUGUGGCCGCCAUCCCUGGCACCGAACAGGACAUUGGGAAUUGGUUCACGGAUCGGAAAGGUAUAAGUGAAGAGCUGUCCGAAGUACGGGCCUCGGACCCCGAACCAGAUUCUGGAAGGGAUGGAGAUGAGGACACCGAGACGAUGGCAUCUUCUGAGACCCAGCCGAACGAGAUCGGACUUUAUGUAUUAGGGUUGCAGGAAAUUGUCGAUGUGUCUUCUCCCGCAGAAGCGUUGCGACCAUACGUGGACCCAGCCCCGGCCAAUAAAUGGAAAGCUGCCGUGGAGAAGGCUCUUCCAUCGGGCUAUCAGCUAGUGGCAGAGACCCAGCUGGUUGGGCUACUGUUGUUGAUAUACGCCGCACCCUCGGUUGUUGACAGUGUGUCGUCGGUCAGCUGCACCAAUGUAGGUACGGGGCUGCUGGGAUAUAUGGGCAAUAAAGGCGGCGUGGCGGCGCGCCUGUUGUUGGGAGAAACAACAAGUUUAGUGUUUGUCAACUGCCAUCUAGCGGCCGGGGCCGACAAGGGCAGCCUGGACCGACGAAAUUGGGAUGCGUCUCAGAUCGUUGGACGAACCAAGUUUGAUGCAAUUGACUCAGAACUUACGCUCCGGGAUGAGCCAACGGAAAGCAUUGGUAAAGAAGACUAUGCGUUCUGGUUCGGCGAUCUCAAUUAUCGACUGGAGGAUAUACCGGGCGACGACGUGCGACAGGUGCUUGCCAGACAUGCAGAAGACGAAAAUAGCAAGGGUCAACAGUCCAAUACAUCCUCGGCGGACCCUUAUGAGGAUGCUGAUCCUCAUUCCGACCCUGCGUCUCUCCAAACCACUAUCUCUUCUCUUCUGCCUCAUGAUCAACUUCGCUUGCAACAGGCCAAGGAAAAGGCCUUUCAUGAAGGAUGGCGUGAGGGCGACAUAUCAUUCUUGCCGACAUACAAGUACGAUGUCGGUAGUGUGGCCAGGUUUGAUUCGAGCGAAAAACAGCGAGGCCCUAGUUGGUGUGACCGCAUUCUCUAUCGGUCGCAACAGGACAGAGAACGGUACCAGAGAUUGGUCGCCGAGACCGCCGAUUCUAGAAAACGAGACGAUGAGAUGAAGGCCCGAGGCCUCGAUACAGCCGCCGCUGAUGACAACGUUCUGUUUGACUAUGACCCCGACGUUGAUGGUGCUGAUGAUGCCGAGGAUUAUGACCCAACUAAGGAUCAGACCAGCGAUGGUGCUUCAUUCGAGUCACAGACGGAUUCCGAGGACCCUCUGCGACUUGAGUAUUACGCAUCCCACCAAAGAAUUCUCUCGUCUGACCACAAGCCCCUGGCUGCUGGGUUCACCUUGACUUUUGAAUCAGUCAUCCCGCACCUGAAAGCGAAGGUACACCAAGAGGUGGUUCGCGAGUUAGACAGGGCCGAGAAUGAAUCUAGACCAGGUCUAACAGUCGUUGUGGAUAGACACGGGGUCGAAUCAGCUGAGGAUGGAGAUCCCAACGCAGUCAACUUUGGGGACAUUCCUUUCGACGUGCCAGUCAGGCGAUCUCUGACAGUGGCUAACACCAGUGGCGUCCCUGCAAAAUUUACGCUUGAAAAGCCAGAAGGUUCCGACGUGUGGAUGGUGCCGUGGCUUGAGUACCAAGUUGAAAUGCCGCACCGGGAUGAUUCCGAGGAAGGGAAGUAUGUGGCAGCAGGGCAGGAAUGCAUUUUACACCCAGGAGAGCUUGCCAACGUUGAACUCACAGCUUAUGUUCGUGAUAUCGAGCUGGCUCGUGCUUUGAACGAUGGCAAAACACAACUCGAAGAGAUUCUAGUACUCCGGGUGGUCAGUGGCCGUGAUCAUUUCAUCUCGGCCUAUGGCAAAUGGCUACCUACUUGUUUCGGUCGCAGCUUGGCGGACCUCACUCUAAUGCCCGAGGCAGGAGCGCGUACGAUGUCGCCUGCUGGGAUGUCAGCUGCGGAACGUGGCAAGCAAAACAAGGACGUUCCUCUCUCCGCCCCUCGGGAGCUCUUUCGGCUGACCGAGGCGAUAUCGGAGUUGACAGAGCGUGCCGUGGCAGAAUGGAGCAUGACGAGGGAUGAUUCAGACGAGGAUACGCCCCCCUGGCUCAGAGAGCCCCAUGGGGCUGGUUGGCCUUUCGCACCGGAGACUUGGACUAUGAAAGACAAAGAUGAGCGGCUGCCUCUGCUCGCAUCCGCCCGCGAGGCGUUAGACACCAGCCAACCGUUCAAUGACGUGUUUGCCGCGGAGGUGUCCUCUCUCCAUCGCCUGGAAAUCUUGAGCGAGACUUUGAUAGUGUUCCUGGGUUCUUUGCAAGAUGGCAUUGUGACAAAGUCGGUCUGGCAAGACUUAGACCAGCAGAUUCUGACGCGGGAGAAAUCCAAAGCAUUCCCGUUGACCUGGGAAGAAUCCCAAGCUUGGGUCUUAGAAAGCCUGGCAUAUUCCCCUGCCCACAGUGUCUCGUUUACCUUCGUCACGUUCAUGCUUGCUCGCAUUGCCAACGAAGUGGCACCAGCAACGUCAAUACCUUCUCGAGACUCGCCUAACAAACCGACCGAAGAAGAAUCGAAGCCCAACACCCAAGCUUCCGAUAACAACACGCAACCAGUAACCCCAACAUCACCAUCCGCCGCAUCUUUCAUCUCAGGCGGUAGUCUCCGCCGGAGAACCCGUACGUUCACCACAUCUAGUACUACCGAGACCAAAAUCCACCCCCUUGCUCUCCGUCGCCAAACCGUCGAAACCAUGCUUUCGGGGAUCUUCUCCUCGCUUCUAAUCUCCUCUGAUAUCCCGGUCCCAACAAAAGAUAAAGAACGAAGAGCACUAGAUGACCGCAAACGAAGCAUUGUGGAGCCAUUCUUAAAGGCCAUGGGGAUCGAUAACAAGGGACCCUCUGGAGGAGUUCCGGCGUGA